UUAGGGCGGCGCUCGGACAUGCCAGGGUCCUGCGCCGGGCCAGCGCUCCCACAGGGCUUCUGCAGCCCACGGCUCUGGCUGGACGGUGAGCAUUAUGCUCGGAUUUUUCCUGUUGCCUGGCUAGUGACCCCCUACAGGAAGAUAAGGGAGAAGCCAGGAGGGCGGAGCAGCAGCUACACAUGUCUGGCUGUGCUUAUCAACUUAUCAUAUAAGGGAAGGAAAGUGAUUGAUUCGGAUACUGACACCGUAGAAUCUGGGGGAAGAGAAACAAAGAGCGUGAAAGCUGCUCUGUGAAGCCUGCACAGCCCUCCCUCCCUCCCCAAGCGGCCAGGCUGUCCUUCCCGCGCAAUCUGACAGUUACUGCAUGCCCAGAGAGAAGACAGCACCGGAGAGUAAGGCUGCCCCUGGGAGAGGAAAAGAAAGAAGGCUUUCGUUGAUGGGCUCAGCCAUGCAGCACAGUCUGGUGUGUUAGGCGGCAGCCGGGACUCUGGAUUCACAUGUGCCUGGAAGUCUGCUCAGCCGGUGGUUUCUAACCCGAAGAGAGAAUGUGGCAGAUUGUUUUCUUUACUUUGGGCUGUGAUCUUGUCUUAGCCGCAGCCUACAACAACUUUCGGAAGAGCGUGGACAGCACAGGGAGAAAGCAGUACCAGGUGCAGCACGGGCCCUGCAGCUACACGUUCCUCCUGCCCGAGAUGGACAGCUGCCGCUCUGCGUCCAGCCCCUACGUGUCCAACGCAGUGCAGAGGGACGCGCCCCUUGACUAUGACGACUCCACACAGAGGCUACAGGUGCUGGAGAGCCUGCUGGAGAACAACACGCAGUGGCUGCUAAAGCUCGAGAGCUACGUCCAGGACAACAUGAAGAGGCAGAUGGCAGAGCUCCAGCAGAACGCUGUGCAGAACCAGACAGCAGCGAUGAUAGAGAUAGGGACGACCCUGCUGAACCAGACGGCGGAGCAGACACGGAAGCUAACGGAUGUGGAAGCCCAAGUAUUAAAUCAAACAACCAGACUUGAACUUCAGCUUCUAGAGCAUUCCCUUUCUACAAAUAAGCUGGAAAAACAGAUUUUGGAUCAGACCAGUGAAAUAAGCAAGUUACAAGAUAAAAACAGUGUCCUGGAGCAGAAAGUGCUGGCCAUGGAGGACAAGCAUGCCGUGCAGCUGCAGUCCAUGAGAGACGAGAAGGCGGAGCUUCAGGUGCUGGUGAUCAAGCAAAGCACCAUGAUCAAGGAGCUGCAGAAGCAGUUGGCCAGCGCGAACAGCUCAGCCCUACACAAGCAGCAGCGGGACCUGAUGGAGACUGUCCAUAAUUUAAUGACUAUGAUAGCAUCACCGAACUCUAAGAACCCCAGUGCUGCUAAAGAAGAACAGACUGUUUUCAGAGACUGUGCUGCAGUGUUCAAAGCCGGGCACACCACCAGCCGUGUCUACACACUCAGGGCGCCCAACUCCACAGAGGAGAUAAAGGCCUACUGCGACAUGGAGACGGGUGGAGGCGGCUGGACUGUGAUUCAGCGCCGUGAAAAUGGCAGCGUUGAUUUUCAGAGGACGUGGAAAGAGUAUAAAGAGGGCUUUGGGAACCCUGCAGGAGAGCACUGGCUGGGGAAUGAGCUCGUCUCCCAGCUGACAACUCUGAAGCGCUACAUGCUCAGGAUCCACCUGCAGGACUGGGAGGGCAGCGAAGCGCACUCACUGUACGAGCACUUCUCCCUGGCCAGCGAGGAGCUCAAGUACCGGAUUCACCUUAAAGGACUCACAGGCACAGCCGGCAAAAUAAGCAGCAUAAGCCAACCAGGAAAUGAUUUUAGCACGAAGGACGCCGACAACGACAAAUGUAUCUGCAAAUGCUCACAGAUGCUCACGGGAGGCUGGUGGUUUGAUGCAUGUGGCCCAUCUAACUUGAAUGGAAUGUACUAUCCACAAAGGCAGAACAUGAACAAGUUCAAUGGGAUUAAGUGGUACUACUGGAAGGGGUCAGGCUACUCGCUCAAGGCCACCACCAUGAUGAUCCGGCCCGCAGAUUUCUAAGUGCUGAAGCCACCCUGGAAGAGUCCUGUACCAUUCCAGAGGCAGGUCCGAAGCACUGAACGCAGGGCUGGCCACAUGCUGUCUCCGCCCUCACCGCAGGCAGCUUCCACCCUGCAAGCUCCUGACCAUGGCUGAGACCAGCACAGCAUCACUAACCCUGCAUGGCUCAAGAAGCCGAAGCGAGACCCACACCAGACACAACCUGGUAGAGUGGGCUGGUGGCCCACCUUCAUGGAGAUCAGUUAAGGCUGGGAGAGAUGACAGCUCCCAGAUUCUGCUGUCACAACCGCGAUGUCAUGUGCGCGUUUAUCAGUAAAUAACUGGAAACAGAACACUUGACGCUACAUAGAGCAGAUAAUCUUGGAGCCGCAUUCCUCCAAGCACUGUUUAUAGACUGUGUAAAUAGCUGUGUACCCUGAAGUUGGCCAUCACUACUACCAGGAAAAGACAGAAUUCUCCAAGCCAUAAGAAUAUAUGAUAUAUUCAGGGAUUUUGCUGAGAAGUGCUUAUUACAGUUUAAUAUUUGGAAAAACAUAGUGCAUUUUUACUCCUGUAUGUGCUUUAAAUUUGUAUUUUAAAAAUAGCAUAUUUACAUAUAUCUUGACAGCUUAAUUUUAAGUUAAUGCUCAAAUACAUAUUUCAAGUUUAUAUGAUAUGAACUUCCAGAAUCUUUAAAAUUACUAAUAGAGGUGAUUGCUAUUUGAGUUUAUAUGAAGAGUGUACUUUUUAAAUUCUGCCUGGCUGUUAAAUAUGAAGGUAUUUUUAGUAAUUAAAUAUAACUUAUUAAGUGGGAUAACUAUGUUUAACUUCUAUGGUAAUAUUGUAAGUUCCACAAUCUGGUUAUACAAUAACUGUGCUCAUGACACGAAAAAGUUUGACUUUAAUGAAGGAAACUACACAUAAGUAUAUAACACAGACACUGUCUUCUCACUAUCGCAACAAGUCUAUGUCCUCACCUAUCUAGAUUUAUUUUAUAGACCAAGCUGAAACUUAAUUUGUGUUUGAGAAAAGCAUUCCAUCUGAGACAUUUACAAAGCUAUAAUGCUCAAGAUUUGACUUAUUUAAGAAAAAAAAUUUGGCUUUGUAAGAUUUUGUUUCUUACAUCCGUCAGCAGACUGAGAGGAAAAGGUGUUUCAGAAUGUGAAAGAAGAACCUUCUGUGAGCGGCUACCCGAGAGCUCCCAGAAAGCUUGUGAGGACGCAGCUUCACGCCCAGGGCCAUAAAAUCUAAGUCUCCCCAACUCAGCUUCUGUGGAAGCCCUCGCAGUACAGUGGGCGCUAACGAACAUCUGCGUAAUGCAUUUGGAAGCAGGUCUCACAGUCACUCUGAGGCACAGCUAGAAGGAGCCAGCGCCUCCUGUGCAUGUCUUCCUGUCCUAGCAGUCCUUUUCUUUAUUCUGCUUUCGUAUGCAUUCAUUCCCCUGAGUCCCUCAGCACUGGGGUGGGGUGGCGCUGCUCAGAGCUGGGCCAGGCUGCGGCCCCCGAGAGCCUGCAGGCUCUGGCCAUUUGCCAUACUGUGUUUCCCACCCACACCGGACCUUCCCAGCUGCGAACUGUUCCUCUUGUGACAUUUGAGAAGGACUGAAAACUCAAUAAGGCUAGAAUUGAUUCACCUCUGGUUUUAGGAAACCUGAUUAUUGGAAAAUUUCAGCCCACAGUAAGUUUCUGAGGUAAGAAAAUGAUAACUAGAAAAAACUGAGAACAACAGACCAUUCUAUCAAUUUCUCAGGUAGGCAGGAAAAAUAAAAUUCAAAGACAAACCUUACUAUGCUACUUAGAGUUAUAUAUAAUCUUGCUUGACGGAGAAUGGGAGGAAUUUGUGUUUUUACUUUACACUUCAAUUGCUUAUCCAGUAUUUCAAACAAACAGUCCUGCUGGGAGGAAUUUUUUCUCUCCUUAAGAAAAUAUUUACAAAGCUGAAAGGAAAUCAAAACAAUAAUCUGAAAAAUGAAAACCAAAACAAAGCCCUGACUAGAGCGUUGCCGAGCCUCCUGCCACGUCACCGCCAGAGGCUGACUCAGGCAGUCACACCGCACAGACGUGGCCAGGCCAAGCGCUCAGACACCAAUCUGAAAGAAUUAGCUGUCACAAAGCAGCCAGCAGCCCUGAAAACGAAAGCUGACUUCUGCACCACUGUGCUUCCAGUCAAGCGUCAAGUGACUCACUCCAUUCUUGCUUAAUCUGUAGAAAAAUACAACCUGGACCUUUCCCAUUAAACAUGGGAAACACAAGUCAGAAAAACUAAAGCAGAACUGAGGAAAACCAUCACAAUAUGAAGGCUAUAAUAAAAUGCUAACAAGACACCACUUUUAUACCUAUCAGUUCUAUCUCUAUUAAUAGUAAAGGCAUUUGUUUUUAAAAUAGUAUGCAAGAUAAAAUGCUACCUUCCCAAGAAUACAGUUUUUAAAAUUACUUUUGUUUUCCUCAACUCUGAAGGCUUUCGUAACUAAAAUUUCUUAAGCCACCUUUUUUCUUCAAUUUUACAAAGUAUCAACACAUUCUCAAUAUGAUCUAAUAAAUCAAUGAAAAGCAUCACAUUCUAUGGCUAUGUCUUUAAUUUCAGCAU